GGGACGGGCAUGGGAUUAUCACCGAUAACGACAAGAAAACAAAUACAAGAGGGAAUAUUAGAUAUUUAGAUCGCAUGCUUGGAGACAAAGGAUCUGAUAACAACAAUGGCAGCACGCGCUUUCCACUUCGAUUUAUGCUUCGACGGAGAAUCCAACGGCUGCCCAUCCACUUCUCCGCCUCCUCCUGACACCAUUGUCAUCCACACAGUCACUCUCUCCUUCCUCCUUCCUCUUCGUCCAAUCCAUCCGUCGCCGCCUCAGCCGCUGCCUUCGACUGCUCCGACUCGAUCCCACCCGGCAUUGCUUACAAAAUCAACUUAGUUGAAUGCAAAGGCAUAUAGAAUCUAGGAAACAAGUCAAAUUUAUUGGGACAAGAAGACGGAUAGAUUCCUUUCCGAUUAAGUAGUGAUUUAAGGAGACAUGAAACUGUAUCCUAUGAUGCAAUAUCCAAAUUUUUAGGCCAAGAAGUGAUCCGGCUUUCUUGUAGAGGGAUGAAAUUGGGAAAUCUAAAUGGACUGAAAGGUAAGCAGCUUUCACUCACUCUCAUCAUCAUCUUCACAACACUCCUUAUUUGGAAAUGGGAGAGAAUGCCAUACCAAGAUUCUUUCCACCAACAACAGGACCUGGAUUUGUUCCCUCAAGUUGCUAAGGUAGACUAUGGGAAUAAGCAACCUUUGGCCGAGGAAGACUUUCCUGAUGUUGAGGCAGCCGGCCAUCAGACAAGUGGAAUGGCGGUUCAAGUUCCCAGCUAUAAUGUUGAAGGUUCUAUGACAGCAAGUAAACAACCAGAAGCUGAAUGUAACUUCGCAAAAGGAAAAUGGGUGGCAGACAAGGGAAGGCCUUUGUAUUCUGGGUUUGAAUGUAAACAGUGGCUCUCCGAACCUUGGUCGUGUAGAUUGACUCAGCGUCCAGACUUCUCCUAUGAGAAAUUCAGAUGGAAACCGGAAAAUUGUGAUAUGCCAGAGUUUGAGGGCUCCAAUUUCUUAAGAAGAUUGCAGGACAAAACUAUUGCUCUUGUAGGGGAUUCCUUGGGGAGACAACAGUUUCAAUCACUCAUGUGUAUGGUCACUGGUGGUAAACAAAGACCAGAUGUUGAAGAUGUUGGUUCGUGGUAUGGUUUUACCAUGGGUCCAAAUGACAAACGACCAAAUGGUUGGGCUUAUUGGUUCCCGAGCACAAACACUACCAUCUUGUACUAUUGGUCUGCAACCCUCUGUGAUGUAGAACCUCUGAAUGUGUCAGAUCGAGCUACUAGUUAUGCGAUGCACCUUGAUAGACCGACAUCAUUUUUGAAGCAAAAUCUCCAUAAAUUUGAUGUUCUGGUUCUCAACACUGGCCACCACUGGAACAGAGGGAAGCUUAGAGCCAAUCGGUGGGAAAUGUUUCUCAACGGAACACCCAACACUGACAGGAAGCUUGCAUCCAUGGGUAGUGCCAAAGACUUCACCAUUGACAGUGUCGUGAAGUGGUUAGACAGCCAGCUACCACACCAUCCUAGACUGAAAGCAUUUUAUCGGUCAAUAUCUCCCAGGCAUUUCUUUAAUGGAGAGUGGAAUUCCGGUGGUACUUGCGAUAAUUCCAGGCCUUUAGCUGGAGGAAAUGCAGUUUCACCAGAUGCCGCCAUUGAUGCUGCUGCGGUGAGCGCCGUAAAUGGCACAAGGGUUGUGCUUUUAGAUAUCACUGGUUUAUCCCAACUGAGAGAUGAAGGUCAUAUAUCCAAGUACAGUAUUAAAGGCACUGAAGGUAUGCAGGAUUGCUUGCAUUGGUGCUUGCCAGGUAUACCAGAUACAUGGAAUGAGGUCCUAGCCGCGCAGCUUUAAGCUACUUCUUACUAAGAAAUUUUCUCCAAAGGUUUGCCUUCCCUGAUUCAAUUUUACCUCGCCAACUGAUGAACUUUCUUUGGAGGAAACACAAAGUCAAGAAAGAAAACAAGCCUGUUUUCCUGGCCCAGAGAUUCUAUGAAGAUGUAUGAAUGCACAAAAUCUAGUGAUUUUGCAAUUUUUGUUACUAUUUGCAUAACAAUUGGCAGAAGAUUGUAUUUUAUUGUACUUAAAAAAAGAUUAAAUACAGAUCAUGCAAGGAACAAGAACCUCAUUCCCACUU